AUGCAAUUGGGUGGGUGGGGUGAGUUCCGCCGCGUCCUCGACGGUGCCAGUCUCCGCGUCCCUGUGUCCCUGAUCCUCCACGGCCCCCUCCGAUGCCGUUUUGAUCUUGAACAAGAGGGAUUUCGCGUCCGAGACGAAACGCUAGCGAAAGCCCUCGAGAAGCUAGGGCGAGCCCCCUACCAUGGCCAAGAAACCCCACCGUAUGUCGAUGCAGCGGUGUGGAGAUGGAGCUGUCUUUGGAUAGCUGUCAAGGUUAUAACACUUGAUAGCUUGGUUCGCAUCAGUUACUUUCUACGCGUACCAGGUGUCUAUGUGGUACUGGGCCUGACGACACAAACAGCAAAUGGAAGCUCACGCAGCGUGCGCCCAUGCGCCGUGCUGAAGCCGGCUGUCAAGGCUGCCACGGUCGCUGCUCCGGCUCAGGCCAACAAGAUGAUGGUCUGGACUCCGGUGAACAACAAGAUGUUCGAGACCUUCUCUUACCUGCCGCCCUUGACCGACGAGCAGAUUGCUGCCCAGGUCGACUACAUUGUCGCGAACGGCUGGAUUCCUUGCCUUGAGUUCGCUGAGGCCGACAAGGCCUACGUCUCGAACGAGUCGACCGUCCGCUUCGGCCCAGUCUCCUGCCUGUACUACGACAACCGCUACUGGACGAUGUGGAAGCUGCCCAUGUUCGGCUGCCGCGACCCGAUGCAGGUGCUGCGCGAGAUCGUUGCCUGCACCAAGGCCUUCCCGGACGCCUACGUGCGCCUGGUGGCCUUCGACAACGUGAAGCAGGUGCAGAUCAUGGGCUUCCUGGUGCAGCGCCCCAAGAGCGCCCGCGACUGGCAGCCGGCUAACAAGCGCUCCGUCUAAGCGUUCAACGCUUUUGGCGGAAUGGACGAACCCAGAUCAGUAGAACAUUCUUUGAGUUGGGAGUUUGCUUAUGAGCUCUGGACACAUUUUUUAAUUUUGUUCGCAGUUCUCUAGUGGACUACUCUCGUUUUUGGGAAUGUUUUUGUCUGUGGUUGUACAUAUGUUUGUUUUUCAGUUGUUUGUUUCGGUCGUGGUCAUUGAUCCGUGUGUGCUUCACAAUAAUUUGCAUCCCACUAAUGAUGCAUAUGAACAGCGAGCGCGCUCGCGUUCAAUUCAAUCCUGAGCAGAAAACCCUUUCAUGUGUAAGCGCACACGAAUUUGGAUUG